AAGCAUCUCAUCCAGACUCCUAAGUUUUUCGUUUCUAUUCAUUGUCUCUCGUUCACUGCCGGCAGUACCAGCAAUACCAGAUUUUACACACAACACAUACCAAUAUGUCUUCCGCUCUCCGUACCAUCUCUGCCAUCGCGGCCGCCGCUGUGUCGGUCAACGCUGCCAUGGGCCCUGCCUUCUCCACCGGCCCUGUCGCCGACUCUACCUUCAUCCGGGAGUCCACCGCCACCCUCGUCCUCCCCGACGUCCCCUCCAACAACCAGGGCGACGCUUCCCUCUGGGUCGGCAUGGGCACCUCCAACGGCGACCUGAUCCAGUCCAUCUCGGACAACUACAAGUCCGACACCUGGUCCAUCUUCGCCUACACCCUUGUCUCCCUCGGCGAGGGCAAGGGCCAGACCGUCGUCCAGGACGAUACCCCCACUCAGGCCCACCCCGGUGACGAGGUGACCAUGCACUACAAGUUGGACGACGCCAGCGGCAACUACACCCAGACGGUCAGCAUCAACGGCGAGGUGGUCUCGACCCUCUCGACCAGCAGCGGCAAGGCGCAGGGCUGGGGCUCCGCCGUCGAGUGCGCGGCGGAGGACUGCGGCACCGUGCCCGCCCACAAGUGGACCGACGCCAAGAUCAUCCUCGACUCGGCCGAUGCCAGCUACGACAGGACCAUGUACCUGGGCGAGGGCGUCACCGGCGACAUGACCACCAGCGACGGCGGCAAGACCUGGGAGAUCGGCACCUUUGAGAUCCCUGAGUUCACCUUUGGCGCCUAAGCGCGGAUGGGGUUGAUGCAAUGUCAUAUAGUGCCUGGUGUUAUGGCGACUUCACUGUAAAAUAUUGUUAUUAGCGCUUGCAUUAUAAAAAC